GCGAAUACAACCAUCUUCCCGCACUGCACUACCUCGUCCGCCGCCAUUCUCUGCCUCCAUAUCACUAUUCCAAAUCAGCUAUUGGACUGUUACCCCCAGUGCGAUCAAAUAAAUACAUUAAUUCCUCUUCCGCCUCCAUAAUCGCCACCAUGUCGGACCCUUUACUCUUCGAGGACACCUUCACGAUCACCGCGAUCAAUGCGCAGAAAUAUGACCGCGUGUCUCGCCUGAGCUGUACCUCCUCAGAUUCGUUCACCACAUUCACCCUUGACAUCAACUCGGAGCUUUACCCGUGUGCAGUCGGCGAGUCUGUCUCCAUGGCGCUCGCAUCGACCCUCUCGCUUGAUGGCAAGGAAGAAAAGAGCGGCUGGAGGGAAGUUGGAAUGGGCGAGCAGAGCCUGGCAAAUGACUACGAUUAUGUCUGCCAUGGCAAAGUUUAUCGAUUUGAGGAGGGUUCAUCUUCUGGAAACAUGGCGGUUUUUGUUUCCUUUGGUGGACUUUUGCUUUACCUCGAGGGUCCUUACAAGAAGCUCGCUCCUCUGAGGAUAGACUACGUGUAUCUGCUUCUCAAGAAAUAGGAAAGAGGUAGCACCUCAUUCAUGGGCCUUUGCGCCCAGAAAUUUGCGUCUAAUUUUCUUUUGGCCCGGAACAAGUACAGAUUCGCUUCACUCGCCUGAAACCGUGCCGGAUAACCAGAAAA